AUGGCUUCAUUUUUUCUCUGCUUCACUUUCCUCUUCAUCAGCAUUCACGCUGCAGAUGGAUUUUUAGAGUAUAUGGUGAAUCGCUGUGAAUUUAACUCCACUGAGCUGAAGGCCAUGGAGUACAUCUACUCUCACUAUUACAACAAGAUAGAGUACAUCAGGUUCAGCAGCAGUGUGGGCCAGUAUGUUGGAGUCACUGAGUUUGGAGUGAACCUUGCAGAGAUCUGGAACAAUGAUACUGAAGAGCUGAAUUUAAUGAGACUUAAGAUAGCGACAUACUGCCAGCACAACAUUGAUAUUCAUGAUCGGGCUAUUCUAGCUAAAUCAGUUCAGCCCAGUGUCAGAAUUAAGUCCAAGACUCCGCUUUCUGGUCAAAAUCCUGCGAUGUUGGUCUGCAGCGUCUACGACUUCUUUCCCAGUGAGAUCAAAGUAAGGUGGCUCAGAGACGGACAAGAAGUCACUUCUGAUGUCACUUCCACUGGAAAGAUGGCAAAUGGUGAUUGGUAUUACCAGACUCACUCCUACCUGGAGUACACACCCAGGUCUGGGGAGAAGAUCUCCUGUGUGGUGGAGCAUGUCAGCCUGAAGGAACCUCUGAUCACUGACUGGGAUCCGUCCUCGGACAAAUCAACAUCUGAAUCAGCGACACUGACUGCCAUCGGAGCCUCUAUACUGACCCUGGGUCUGAUCUUACUUCUGGCUGGACUUAUUUUCUACAGGUGGAAAGCCCAAGGUCAGACCAGGACUCACACUCAUAGACCACUUAACAGCACUUCAUAUCAGCCUUUUUAUUUGACUGUUUGUGUUCUAAAUUGA